AGCGGUUCGGUUUUACUCUUUUUUUAAAUAUAUAUAUUAGUUAAAAACGGUUUGGUUUGGUUUCAAAUUCGGUUUUUGAAAGUGAAACCGAACUGAACCGAAUUAAUUCGGUUUCAAAAUUUUUUCAAACCGGAUCAAACCGCAUUUUUCGGUUUCAUUGAGUUUUUGGUUCGGUUCGGUUCGGUUUUAGAAACGGUUCGGUUUUUGCGGUUUGAAUGACCACCUCUAUCGUAAAUCCUGAUUUAUCUUCCGGUCGAUCGAUGUAUUCAGAGAAUCCGAUAACCGCUUUUUCUACUUUACCUACAACAAAUUAUUUGUCUGGAUCUAUAGUAAAUUCUACAGGACUCAUUACUAGAGAAAAGUUGAAGGCCCUCGAGGGGCAUCACAAAUUUGGGUAUCUAACUAGUGAGAUGCCAAGACCUAGACCAGGAGAUCCUUAAGCGCAUUUGGAAAGGAGAAGACUCCCUGGUUUGUUCUUUGUUGAUUAAUAGUAUGGAACUACAGAUAGGAAAACCCUUACUGUAUGCUGCAACUGCUCGGGAUAUCUAGGAUGCAAUUCAAAAAUUAUACUUUAAGAGGCAAAAUGUGUCCUGUUUGUACACUCUGUGUAAACAGGUUCACGAGUCCAAACAAGGAAUGAUGGAUGUUACUUCCUACUUUAACAAGUUGUCCCUAAUCUGGCAGGAGAUGGAUCUAUGUCGUGAAAUUGUCUGGAAUUGUCCAUCUGGCGGUGUUCAAUAUUCGAAAAUUGAGGAAGUUGAUCGUGUUUAUGAUUUUCUUGUUGGUCUGAACUCCAAGUUUGAUGCAGUGCACAGCUGAAUACUGGGACAGAGACCAAUACUUUUUCGUAUGCAAGUGUGCUCUGAGGUUCGUUUAGAGGAAGAUAGAUCGAGUGCUAUGAACAACACUACUGUUUCUGCUAUUGAUUCUACUAUGUUUAUUGCAAAAUUAUCUGGAUCUGAUGGUGACAAGCAAAAUAGAAAACCGCCUCCUGUUUGUGAGCACUGCAAGAAACCUUGGCAUACAAAGGAUCAGUAUUGGAAGUUACAUGGCCGACCCUCGAAUGGCAGACGUUGUCCUUCGAAUGACGAGUCCAAUCCUGGGCGGGCACUUGUGAGUGAAUCUACGAGUGUUGCUUCAUAGUCACAACCUCAGUGAAUUGCCAGCGUGACCCUGGUGUUGUUGAGGUCGUUGGGGCUAUUGUCCAAUCAGAUACUUCUCAGCUUUUAAAUCUCCUCAGUAUCAAUGACAAGAAACCAUGGAUACUUGUUUCAGGAGCUAUACAGAUCAUUUAACUGGAUCAUUUGAUCAUUUUCUCUCAUAUCUUCCGAGUGCUGGUAAUGAAAAGAUUCGGAUUGCAGAUGGGUCAUAUUUCUUUUAUUGCCGGAAAGCGUCAUAUUUCUCCUUUUGAGGGUUUAACUUUACAGAAUGUGUUGCAUGUACCCAAAAUAUUUUACAAUUUACUAUCUAUUAGUAAGAUAACUAAAGAUUUGAACUAUCAAGUUGCCUUCUCACCAGAUAAUGUUUUCUUUCAGAAUUUGAGCUUGGAGACGACGAUUGGCACUGCCCGAUACGAUAGGGGCUCUAUUUCCUUGAUGAUGAUGCUUCUUUUAGGAACUGUUAUAGGACUAGUUUGUUGUCUUCUUAUUUUCCUACUUCUAAAAAGGAUUGUAUGUUGUGGCAUUUUUGCCUUGGUCAUCCAAAUUUCCAAUAUAUGAAAUAUUUAUUUCAUCAUUAAUUUCAUAACGUUGAUAUCGCAUCUUUGUCUUGUGAUGUGUGUAUUCGUGCAAAACAGCAUUGAGUCACCUUUUUCUUCUCAACCCUACAGACCUUCCCAACCAUUCACACUUAUCCAUAGUGAUGUUUGGGGUCCCUCAAAUAUUACUACCUCUUCUAGGAAACGUUGGUUUGUGACAUUUAUUGAUGAUCACACUCGUCUUACAUGGAUGUUUCUCCUCAUUGAUAAAUCUGAGGUGCCAUCGAUAUUCCAACAACUUUACACUAUGGUAGAGACUCAAUUUAACACCAAAAUUGCUAUUUUUCGUAGUGAUAAUGGUCGUGAGUUCUUUAACAACACCUUUCAUGAGUUUUUGUCUUUUAAAGGCAUUGUCCAUCAAAGCUCCUGUGCUUAUAUCCCUCAACAUAAUGGGGUGGCUGAAAGAAAAUAUCGUCACCUUCUUGAAGUUGCACGAUCUCUCAUGCUGUCUACUUCCCUUCCAUCUUACUUAUAGGGGGAUGUUGUUUUGACUGCAACCCAUCUUAUUAAUUGAAUGCUUUCCUGUGUCCUCCAACUCUAAAGUCCUCUUGAAUGCUUCAAAGAGUCAUAUCCAACAACGCGCCUUAUUCCUGAUGUUCCCCUUCGGGUGUUUGGAUGCACUGCCUUUGUCCAUAGUCAUGGCCCUAAGCCGAACUAAAUUUACCCCUUGUGCUAAAAAAUGUGUCUUUGUUGGGUAUCCCCUUCACUAGCGAGGUUAUAAAUAUUUCCAUCCAUCUUUACGGAAGUACUUCAUCUCCAUGGAUGUAAUAUUUUUUGAGGAUAAACCUUUCUUACCUGUUAGUCCUCCUCAGGGGGAGAAUCCUAGUAAAGAGACUAACUAAUCCACAUCUUCGGUUCCUACUGACCUUCCUGAACCCAUCUUGAGUGUGCAUGACACUGUCCUACCCACUAAACAAGCCCCUUAGAUAAUGUGUACUAUAGGAAGAAUCUCAGAAAGGAAAUAGUGCCACCUAUUGUUCUAUCGACUCUGGUCCAUGAAUUGGAACCAACACAAGCUCAAGGUACUACUAUUCCUAAUAAUACCGACGUGUGUGUUGAGGAUGAUAUUGUUGAUUUGGUUGAGAAUAACAGGGUUGCAAGCAGUGAUGAGACUUUGGAAGAAACACAAGAAGGUGAGACUCUACCUCAGGUGGUUAAACGUGACCAACGUCCCAUUACUGAUGAGGGGUCAGACAAAAUAGGGGAGUACGAUGCCUCCUUUGACAUGCCCAUUGCUUUAAGAAAGGGCACCAGGUCGUGCACUAAGUACCCCAUGCAUAGCUUUCUAUCUUAUAGUAAUAUGUUUUCUGAGUUCAGAGCGUUCACUACUAGCCUGGAUACAGUAACAAUAUCAAAAAACAUACAUAUGACCAUGGAAGUUCCUGAGUGGAAGGCUGCCGUCAUGGAAGAAAUGAGAGCUCUUGAAAAGAAUAAUAUGUGGGACCAUGUGGCUCCUCCUAAAGGGCAUAAAACAGUUGGGUAAAAAUAGGUGUUUACUUUGAAGUAUAAAUCUGAUAGAACUUUUGACAGAUACAAGGCCAGACUUGUAGCAAAAGGGUUUACUCAAACUUAUGGGAUAGAUUAUUCUGAGACUUUCUCUCCGGUAGCGAAGUUAAAUACAGUUCGAGUCCUUUUUGUGGUAGCUAAUAAAGACUGGUCUCUCCAUCAACUUGAUGUGAAAAAUGCAUUUCUGAAUGGUGAAUUAGAAGAGGUUUAUAUAAGUUCUCCUAGUUUUGAAACUCAGUUUGAUCAUCAGGUUUGUAAACUAAGGAAGUCUUUGUAUGGUUUGAAAUAGUCCCCUAGAGUGUGGUUUGACAGGUUUAUUACCUUUGUUAAGUCCCAAUGUUUUACUCAGGGACACUCUGAUCACACAUUUUUCACAAAAAUGUCAGUAUCAGGGAAAAUUGUUGUUCUAAUUGUGUGUGUGGAUGAUAUUGUCUUGUCAGGAGAUGAUACUGUUGAGAUUAUCAGGCUGAAAAAGAAAAUGACUAACGAGUUUGUGAUUAAGGAUCUUGGGAAUCUAAAGUAUUUCCUUGAAAUGGAGGUGGCAAGAUCAAGAGAAGGGAUCUCUAUCUCUCAACGGAAAUACACUCUUGACCGGUUAAAAGAAAUGAGUAUGAUUGGAUGUAGACCUGCUGACAGUCCUGUAGAAUUCAAUGCUAAACUGGGAGAUUUGUUGACAAAGUUCCUAUUGAUAAAGACAGGUAUCCUACGAGGAACAUAUGGAAGCUGUGAAUCGGAUUCUGAGAUAUUUGAAAACGACUCGAGAAAAUCUACCUCUGGAUACUGUACUUUUGUGUGGGGUAACCUAGUUACUUGGAGAAGUACGAAGCAAGGUGGUGUUGCUAGAAGUAGUGUUGAAGCAGAAUACAAAGCUAUGAGUUUGGGAAUCUGUGAAGAAAUCUGGUUGAAGAAAGUUCUUUAUGAUCUUCAUCAAGAUAGUGAUUUACCUAUGAAAUUCUAUUGUGAUAACAAAGCGGCUGUAAGCAUAGCCAACAAUCCUGUGUAACAUGGUAGAACAAAACAUGUGAAGAUCGAUAGACACUUUGUAAAAGAGAAACUGGACAAUAAUAGUAUCCGUAUUCCUUACAUUUCAUCUAGUCAAUAAGUUGAUAUUUUCACAAGGAUUACUAAGGUAGAGCUUUGACUCUUGUGUUAGCAAGUUGGGUUUGAUUGACAUCUACGCCCCAACUUAAGGGGGAGUGUUGAAAAUAAGAGGCUGUGUUGUGAGUUUAGCCCCAAGGGUAUUUUAGUACUUUAUUUUAUCCUAGUUUUUCCUUUUCUGUAUUAGGGCUUGCUAGAGCUAUAUAUCUUGGUCAUCUCUUGUAUUGUGUAGAGUUGAAAGUAAUAAAAAGUAAUUUUUUAUCGUGGUUUUUCUCCUUGUACUAGGGUUUCCACGUAAAUCUUGUGUUCCCUAUCUCUAUCUUUUAAUAAUGUGUUUCAAGAUCUUGUUAUGUUUCCCGUCUUUUUUUUCCCCUCCUUGUAUCCCUUAACAUUUUCCUUUUUCAUUAUCAAUGAGUUGUUUCUUGUUCCGAGAUAAAAACGUUUUGUCCCUCAGUUUCCUGGUCUACUUACUCCAACACCUUCUGCCAUGGUUGUCAGUGCAGUUAAAGUAGGUCCUAUGGCAGCUUUUCCCUUGUCCAUCUAUAUUGGCUGCUGAUUCUGUCUGGUGAAACACGUCAACCUUCCUCUUCAUAUUCGUUUCAUCAACUGGUGCAUCCCGUCCCACAUCAAUUGAAUUUCAUUCUCCAAGUGUUUUGCACAAAAUUCUCCUCAACAAAUUCUAGAUGAUUCUCCCUCUUGCUUUGUAGCCUACCACUUCGACGAAACUCAAGCGCAAUUGUACAAAACAAGUAGUCACAAACAAAUGGAGGAUUCAAAAGCUCUUGAUCUCCUGCUAGUUCCUCAAUCUACUAGAAAUAUCUGUUUAUAGCCUUCAAAACUCACCGAUACUUGAUUCUGAAUUUCCGACACGAGGUGGAAUUGUGGCAGUUUAACUUUCCUAUAAAUAAACGAAGAAGAAUUCGUUUAUAUAUAUAUAUAUAUAUAUAUAUAUAUCAUUAAUUCAAGCAUAUGGGGUUGGAGAAUUCAAACUUCUAAACUAAGAAUUCAAACUUCAAACCUCUUAAUUUAGAGUAUAUGAUUAACCAAGUUGAAUAAUGCUUAGUGCUUAGUUUAAAUGUUCUCUGCGAUUGUAAUCAGUUUUUGACAGAUUCAUAAAGAAAUUCAAUUCUACCUGAUAAUGUUCUCCUGCGAUAUCGUUUUGGGCAGAGUUUUGUUAUUCUUUCAGCAAUGAUAUGUUUUCUUUUAAAUGUUCUGAAGUAAUCAAUUAUUUUUGUGAA